CCACGAUCGUCCACACCCACACAACUGGGUCGCUUAGAUCAUGCAAUCGAAUCUCAAUUGGCGACGGUCAACAGAGCGUGGGUGCAGCUCUGUCGUCUCUUGCCUUCGCGGCUUUUCUGCCCGUUCCUCUGUUCUUUCCUUUCCUCUUGUUUCUUGUCCUUGAAUCUCUGUUCUCUUGCGCUGGAUCCGCAUGCUUGUCGACUUUAUCAGGAGACAGCCGUUUCAUUUCGGACCCUUUGGCCAGGGCAAAUCUAUAGUGGAUGGACUCCGCAAGGACGCCCAGAAGUUUAAGGACUUAUUUCACCCUGGGGCUGGUAAUUCUCCAGCCCAAACCCCCCUUCAAACCCGCCGCCCGGAUCCAAUAACAACGCCACUGGUGGAGGAGCAGCUGCCCCGUCCUCGACUGGAACCUCGACAUCGGCUGAAACCUCGUCGCAUACUACAACGCAUGCCGAUGCAACUACCAGUAGCACCUCGACUUCAGUCCAAACGGAUUCUCCCACACAAACGCAAUCUCCCACCAGUUCGACCACUGUACCGUCCAAAACCAACACCACUCCUUUCACUACCUCAGCGCCUUCUCCUUCCUCUCCACCGGACGCGAUUGCGCCAACGUCGGUCUCGUCUCAGGACUCUGUCAAGUCUUCUGCGAGCCUAACUGCACCAGCGAGUUCCGCAUCGGCGGUACAGUCGCAGUCCAUCUCACAGUCCUCGGCCUUCGCAC